GACGUUUAUGAAAAGUUUAGAAAUAUUUCUUUGAAAAUAAAAACUGUAGAAAAUCUGAGUAUAUCGUGGUUAGUGUUUUUAAAAUAUCUAUGUACCAGGGCUGUUCAUAAAUUAAGUUAGUAAACACAGGCCGAAAUGAUUCCAACAUAAACUCGACUAGACUUAGCUUGUGCACCUGAAGAUGGCUGGUUCAAUAUUUAUGACAACUGGAAAAUACUUAAUACCUCCUAAGCGACCACCCGAACCUGAACACAUCUAUAGCCCCCAAUAUCAGGAUCAAAUAUACUGCAAGUGUCACUGCCUACCUGCUUUACCAGCUACGAGUCAACAGAGAACUUUGAUUGGCCCAGAAGCUCUACAUGAUGAAGAAUGGAGUCGUCUAGGACCAAUGGGUCCACUUUUGGAACCAAAAGUUUUUACUGCUAAAGUUUCAGCAGCUCCUGAAUCUGAAAUCAGUAGGUUUAAUCAACCCAAUGUUUUUAUGGCCAAGAUAAAAGAAAAAUAUCCAUUUAUAUAUGAAUGUCUGAGGACAGCACCUCCUGAUGAUCUGAUCGCAAGAAUUAACAAAGAUAGGCUAGCCAGCAGCUAUCAGGUUGAUUACUGCCACAAACAGGAAUACCCCAACGCUCCCUAUGAUGAGUUAAUCAGGGCUGCAGGCGUUGAAGGAUUACGACCAUGUCCAGAACCUGUUAGAUUGCCAGGAGACGUUUGUCGGCCUAUUCCAAAGAUGAAAGGAUACGGAAGGAAUGGAGCGUUCACCAGUGAAGAAUUUGGAAGGAGACAAGGUGGAGGGUCAUCUCGUGGUGGUUUUAUUAAGGAGGACUUAAAACAAGUUCUUGGUGCUUGUAAAGGAGGAACUUUUACCAUAACUCCUGGAUAUACAGAAUAUAUGGAUACAUUCUCCCGUUUAGGAACACUAAUAAUACGAGAUGGGUUGCACGAUCCAGUUAGAAGAUCUAAAAGACCAAUUUUUUAAAUUGUAUAUUAUUAAAUGUAUUCAUGUGUAUGUAUAUUAUAUAGUAUAUGUCUGAAUUAGCUAAAACGUGUCUUUAAAAGAAUUAUCAUAUUGAUAUUAAAACACAUAUUUCUUG